CGUAGAUGCAGAUGUGGAUGAGAUGAGGAUGUCUCGUAUGUAUGUCUAAGAGCCGUUGAUGGAUGCUUGCUUGGCCAGGAACAACGCUAGCCUGGACUGGGGCAGAUGAUCAGGAGCCGCAGCAACAUCACAAUCACCAAAACCUCAUAGAUGGAGAUUGCAGACUAAACACAACGUUUACAGCUACAGCUACAGCUAGAUAACUCUACACUCUCCUUUAUUUAUUGCCUCUGCUUGUUGCUGCUGAGAAUACGCUUCGACUUCUUCUACUAGAAAUCCUUGAAUAACAUACCGUUACCUGUUGCGACGUAGCUACCUCAUACAUCUAUCACGUACCCCCCCCAAUCGCCCCAUACUACUAGCUUCACACACCCCCUCCCCCGGUCCCUCCGCCAAAAUGUCACAAAGCCAUGCUCUCUCAGACGAUCAGGUCGCGGGCGAACUCCGCAAAAUGACCGCCUUCAUCCGGCAAGAAGCGCUCGAAAAAGCCCGCGAAAUCCAACUCAAAGCCGACGAGGAAUUUGCCAUCGAGAAAUCAAAACUCGUCCGCCAAGAGACCGCAGCCAUCGACCUGCUCUAUGAAAAGAAGUUCAAACAGGCUGCUAUGUCCCAACAAAUCACCCGCUCCACCCUCGCCAACAAAACUCGUCUACGCCUCCUUACAGCCCGCCAGGAAUUGCUGGAUGAGCUGUUUGACAAGGCCAGGGAGCAAUUGGCAGAUGCGGCUACGGACGCGAAGGGGUCCAAGAAGGGGAAAGGUGGGGAUGUGGAUGGGUAUCGGGCUACGUUGAAGGGUCUAGUGUUGGAAGGAUUAUAUGCCUUGAAUGAGAGGAAGGUGGAGGUGAGGGCGCGGAAGAAGGAUUAUGAUAUUGUUAAGAAGUCGAUUGAGGAUGCCAGGAAUGAGUUUAAGGAGAAAGCUGGAAAGGAUGUUGCGGUUGACAUUCUGGAAAACGAUCCCCUGCCCGAAGAAUCGGCCGGAGGCGUCUUCAUCAUCGGCACCGCGGGAAAAAUCGACAUCAACAACACCUUCGAAGAAAGGCUGCGGUUACUUGAAAUCGAUGCCCUUCCCGCUGUGCGAGAAACACUAUUCGGCAAGAACAAGAACCGCAAGUUCUAUGAUUAGACGGCCUACAGCUCUUUUUUUGUUUGGCUUUUGUCAUGUUUAAAUACCUUUUGUUUUCUUUUGUUUUCUCUCUCCUUUUUUCCUUGUCGUAUUCCUGUGUGUCCUUGACGGGGUUCGUUCCUUCUAGCCACUGGUUUUAUGCAUGCAUUCAUCGAUACAGCUUGCGUUUCGAACUAGUGUACGGACGGUGUCGUUGUCGCACGAGCUUUCGACGUCUUUCUUGGCUCGGCUAUCGCUCUUCUGUUUUACUAAUAUCGUCUUCUAUGGCGAUGGCGUCAUUGAAUUUCUGUCCUAGUUUUUUGUUAUCAAUAUAUACGUAUAUUUGUAGUGGGUUAUUUAGAUCAGGUCGAGGAGGCGCUUUUUCCGCCCUCCGCGAAGCCGGGACGCGCUGUCAUGGUUUGUUUUACGUGUGCAUAUCUGUACUUGGAUGUUUGAUCUUGUUGUUCUACAACCAUUCAUCAGGUCUUUCAUGAUGAUUUCUUGCAGGGGGAAGACAAUUUUUUUAGUAAUAGUAGAAGUAUAGAUACCCGUCCUCUGAACGGGUCCAUCCCACGGCUUCAUCCAUUUCCAUUCCAUACCUAAUACUAGAUCUUAUUGCAUUACCAAGUAAAAUUAAUAUAUAGUUACCUCACUGGAAGUAUCACAAUCAUUAAAUAAAU